GCAGAGCACACGACUGCAGGAGCUGAACUCUGAUUCCUCACGUGCGUUAUGUUCCCCUCUUUCCCUCCUGUGUUUCAGGCCAACCUCCACUGCAGGAACAUGUCUUCCUACGGACAGCUGAUCAGCUCCCGCUGCUACAACCCCUGUGAGGUGACCUGCCCGCGGCCAUAUGCCGAUGCCUGGAACGAGCCCUGCGUGACAUCCUGCGGUGACUCCAGAGCCGUGGUCUACCCACCCCCAGUGGCCAUCACCUUCCCCGGACCCAUCCUCGCCUCGUGCCCCCAGGAGAGCUACGUGGGCACCUCAGAACCCCAGUGCAUUGGCGGCCCAUACACUGCCGGCGGCUACCUGGGGUACAGAGGCUCAGUGGGCACCGGGUACUCCUACCCCUCCUAUUCCCGUCAGCUCAACAGAUACCGCUAUGGAGGCUGUGGGCCAUGCUAAAGCAGCAGGAAUAUUUUGGGGGAAAAAAAAUGCCAAGAAAUGGGUAAUAAGAUUCAGAUUCUGGAAUGAGCAGAGGGACAUUGUUUUCAGAGGCACAAAACACCCGCUGCUUCUAUUUAUUGUGGGAGCCAAGGGUGCUCAGGAGCUUUGAAACUCUAUCCAGUGCAUGAAGUUCUCUUUUCUGUAGUACUCCAUCUCUUUCCAAAUGAUGUUGAUAUGGCCUUAUUCACGUAGCAGACCAGGUAUGCAAUCAUCCAAGAUCCACUCCCCAUGAUCAGAGUGAUGUAGCAAGGAAUUAACAGCCAAUCCAAUGUGACCAUGUGUGCCAAGGUGUAUCAUCUGUCUGUGGCCUUUACCUUUUAAGAAAAUGCAUGUCAACAUGUAAAGUGUAGAAUAGGAAAAGCUACAUGGUGCUUUCCUUGUAAAGCUCUCUCUCUCUCCUCACUGAAAGCACUUAUUCUUCCUCAGAGUGGGAUUGUUGAAGCCUAUCACUGCCAGAAAAAAAAGAAGACCGCCUUGUGCACAUGCAGCUCCUGGGAGUGGGGGAUUGGUUGUAGAACUGUUUCAAUCUCUGGAACUAUGUUCUUUCAAUGUCUCACUUUUUUGCGUUGAAAAUGUAUGUUUCUCUUUUCAUUCUAAUUAAAACAAAUCAGACUAAA